AUGUUGACUGAGCAAUGCGGAGCCGUUUACAUCUGCCGGUGGUCAGGCAAGCGGCAACAGUACUCUGCCUCAGAAAGGGAAUUCAGCAUAGUGACUGGUCACACCGUUACUAACAAAUUAUUCUUGGAGAUUGCGAAGAAACAAGAAUGGGUCGGCACUGAGCACAUGGAGGUUAUAAUGACAAUGUUGUGGCGUCGCCGAGGAGAGGUAUUGGUGAAAGACCGAGCAGUAUUCGUAGAGAGUGCCUUCACUUCACUUGUGGCUUCAAUGUACCCUGUAUUUAAGAUAUGCGAUGACAAAAGUGCGUUCGACUGGGGAAACAACGUUCGGAGCUUUGUUUCGGACAUUCCCGGAAGUUAUGUGGAAGUACUUGACCCGUACGUCGACUACAACCAUAAAGAAGCUGUGGUCGAAGCGUACAUGGAACCGGUCGUUCAGUCAAUGCCUUGGAUACUGAAGCGGGUGGGCGAGGACCGGUGGUUUCGUGAGAAAUACGCUAUGGACUGCUACGAGGAGUUCGUGGGGAAAGCAAACGUAGCAAACAAAUGA